CGCUGGGACCAUGAACUGUGUCCGUUUGAGCGGGUGACACCCGUCCCUCUGCGCGUAUUUCCGGUAGCAGAGAAGCCAAGCCCGGACACACCUGCACCAAGUGACAAAAUUGUGUACCAUACCAGUAUACGCACGUGGUUGCUCUCUGCCUUCCCUUGUCCAUAAGUAGGAAACCUCGCUCGCUCCCUCCGAAACCACCGCAACACCUGGCGCCCGCUAGCGUGCAAAGGACCUUUCUGCUCCGAUAAGCUUCUAGAUUUUUCUUUUUUUUUCUCUCCGAGUUGGUCACAGACGAGGACUCAGACUCGGAGCGAGACGCGAAAGCAUCGUGGUCGCUCAUUUUUCCAGAUCCAUUAUUAAUUAGUGGAUAAUCGUGGAUGCAACACAAUAUUGUUGCUGUAAAAUUAUUCAAAUUAGGAAAUCCAAGGAAAGUGCUGGUUGAAGUCUUGCAUGUGGGGGCGUCAAUCCUCAAUGUACAAGCGCUUGCCACCAAGAGAUUAUGCAAAUUUAGUUGACAUGGAAGAAAACUCAGCUCUUCUACAGAACAACAUGUCUCCAGAAACUUCAAACCCUUCAUGGAGGCUAUCUUUGCCGCAUGUAUUAGUCGCAACCAUAACUUCAUUCUUAUUUGGCUACCAUAUAGGAGUAGUUAAUGAACCACUUGAAAGCAUUUCUGUAGAUCUUGGUUUCAGCGGGAAUACCUUGGCAGAAGGUCUGGUUGUAAGUACAUGUCUGGGUGGUGCCUUUGUUGGAUCUCUAGUCAGUGGUUGGAUUGCUGAUGGGGUUGGGCGACGCAGAGCUUUUCAGUUGUGUGCUUUGCCUAUGAUUAUUGGUGCUUCUAUGAGCGCAAUAACCAAUAAUCUUGCGGGUAUGCUUUUGGGACGGUUAUUUGUUGGGAUCGGACUGGGCCUGGGCCCCCCUGUUGCUUCUCUCUAUGUCACAGAGGUUUCUCCUGCCUUUGUGAGGGGUACCUACGGAAGCUUCAUUCAAAUUGCAACAUGUCUUGGACUUAUGGGGGCCCUAUUUAUUGGAAUCCCUGCAAAAGAUAUUGCUGGCUGGUGGCGUAUCUGUUUUUGGGUAUCUACAAUUCCAUCUGCAAUACUCGUUGUUGCCAUGAUGUUUUGUGCAGAAAGUCCCCAUUGGCUAUACAAGAGAGGAAGAACUGAGGAAGCUGAAGCUGAAUUCGAGAAGCUUCUAGGAGGAUCACAUGUCAAAUUUGCAAUGGCAGAAUUAUCCAAGUCAGACAGGGGAGAUGACACUGAUACUGUGAGGCUCUCAGAGUUGCUUUAUGGCCGCCAUUUUAGAGUUGUUUUUAUUGGGUCAACCCUAUUUGCUUUACAACAGCUAUCUGGUAUAAACGCUGUAUUUUAUUUCUCUUCAACUGUUUUUAAAAGUGCGGGAGUGCCGUCAAACCUUGCCAAUGUCUUCAUAGGAAUUGCCAAUUUAACAGGAUCUCUUAUUGCGAUGGCUUUGAUGGAUAAACUAGGAAGAAAGGUGCUCCUUCUUUGGAGCUUUUUUGGCAUGGCAAUAUCUAUGGCCAUUCAAGUCACUGCAGCAAGCUCUUAUAUACCAAAAUUUGGAGCUUUGUACCUAUCUGUUGGUGGCAUGCUGCUGUUUGUCUUUACGUUUGCUCUGGGAGCUGGUCCAGUUCCAGGUCUCCUUCUGCCUGAAAUUUUCCCGAGCCGAAUUAGAGCAAAAGCUAUGGCAGUCUGUAUGUCAGUUCAUUGGGUGAUCAAUUUCUUCGUGGGGUUGCUGUUCUUGCGUUUGCUGGAGCAACUUGGGCCACGGCUCUUGUACUCGAUGUUUUCAACCUUUUGUGUAAUGGGCGUGGUGUUUGUGAAAAGAAAUGUGGUUGAAACCAAAGGGAAAUCGCUUCAAGAAAUUGAGAUAGCUCUUCUUUCACAAGACUAGAUAUUCUUAUAUUUUCUGGUGAAUCAUUCACUGCCUGAAUCUUUUUCUACCUUACCAUGGCUGCUGGCAUUGCUAAAUGCUCCGCUACUAAGCAGUGUAUAGUUAUAGAGAUGCAGAUGUAAGUUUGGCAAAUAGAUACACGUUGCCGCCAGAUUUUGUUGAUCGUCAUACGCGCUGUGUGGAGGAGUUAACUUGUAGAGAAAAAUAUAUCAGGAUUCAGGUGUUUGCUGCUCAGUUAGACAUGCAUGCUAUGAGAACUUUGACGUCUCAAUGUCUCAGGUUGAAUUUUAUGUAAAAUUAUCGUCUCCCACGAAUAUAAAUGAUAAAAUUGGGGCUUAGACCAUUGCGUGAUUGUCAAAUGUAUGCAUGGUGGUUUAUUUGGAUAAAUUAGAUGAGGCUGUUUAGACA